AAAAUGUGAAAGGGAAAGGACAGGCAGAACCCAAGGAUUCAGAGGAUUUCAGAGAUUACUUUCAUGGUUAAUUAUGAAGGAACUGGUCAGAUUAUGAGGAGUGGUUAGAAAAGUUUGACAGCCAAGGGUCCGGGACUGUGGAGGAAGAAUUGUGAAAAGUAGUUAGUGAAAAUAAAUUAAAGAAAUUACAGGGGAUUAAAAAUAUUGUAAUGUGAUGUUUGUUGGAUGAUCCAAUUGAAGUGAAGGGAGAAAAAACUGAAACUGGCGGAGGAAUUGUGUAAGUGUAGGGAAGAGUUAGAAAUUCUGACGGAGCAGCAUCAGGUGAAUUUGAUCCACGUAAGUCAGUUUCAGGCUCAGUGUGAAGCGUUAACAAGAGAAAAUGAGAAAACUGAAGAGGAGUAUAAACAGGCGGAUACAGAAUUAGAGAAAGGAAAAGUCAGGGUCGGGAUUUACGGCUGUUGUGAAUGUCAUGAAGAAAUCGGCAGAUGAGAGGAAAGGCUGCGCUGAUCGCAAGUGUUUAAAGCAGAUGGAAAAUCUGCAAAGUGAACUCUCAGCUCGGAGAGGAGUGAUAUCUGCGAGGACUGACGAUGAUGGUGAUGCAGAUUGGGGUGAUUUAACGUAUGAAGAGACGCUGAUGAGGUAAUCGUAGCCUUUGACCUGGGUCAGAUAUGAUCAGGUAGUGUCCAAAUUUCAUAGAGUGUUUCAACCCUUAACCUCUACACUGUCCAGCUGGUGGAUCAGAAGUCAGGGCCAAGUCACUGCCCAUAUAACCAUAUAACAAUCACAGCACGGAAACAGGCCAUCUUGGCCCUCCUAGUCCGUGCCGAACCCUUAAUCUCACCUAGUCCCACCUACCCGCACUCAGCCCAUAACCCUCCACUCCUUUCCUGUCCAUUCCUCCCAUCUGUUCCUGACCUCGAGCUCAACCCCUCUCUCCAGCUCCGUACCCAGUAUGGGGCUCUUUCUGCUCCCUCCCCCAUCCUGCUUCCUUGUUGUUCUUUUCAUCAAGGCCCAGCACAGACAGUAGCCUCCAUGCUGGCCGUAACGGGAACCCACUACAGUCGAUCUCCAUGAGGAACAGCCACGUCCGCCAUCCUUUGUCCCUGCACUCCGGGACUAACAGUGUCAAAGCCAGGAUUACUGGGGAAGUGGCCCGCCUCCCAGCAGGUUUUUCCGAGAGUGGGUGGAACCUUCAACACCCAUUGCCCCAAUGGUACCUGUAGUAAUGGAGGGACUGCAGGACACACCAGAGCCGGGGGUGUGGGGCUUGUGUGACACGGUAUUCUGACCCUUUGACGUGGCCCAAUUGAGUGCUGGAGUGGUGAAUGAGAUGAUUCUCGGAAACUUUCCCAGUGCAUCCAGCAGACAGGAUAACUCACGGUUUAUAUGAAACGGAGGAAGGGAAGCUAACCCUUCUCUGUCUAACUUUAGCUUUCCCUUCAGCCCUGCCGGAGGAACAGGCACCCUCCCAGGGGACAUGGGGUGAUGUUCAGAAGGCACCAUUAGAAGCUGCUGGACUAAUAGAGGUGACAGUGAGGUUUUGCAUAACUGCAGCCGGUGGAAAGAACAGAAAAGAUGUUCAAGACUUUUGACAUCUUGGUUAGAGUCCCCCAAACACAAACUAAUCCAAGAGUUCAUACUCUCGAGGAGAAUGAUAACAGUAGGUGAUUCAAUACAAUUUGACAAGCUACAAUGACAUAAUUUACUUCAGUAUUAUGUUUCUCAAAUGGCUCCAUUGAAGUACAUAUUUAGAGUGGGAGAAUAUUGAAUUGAUAAGAAACCACUGAAGGUUCAGUCACCUUUGUUGGGACAAACUAAUUCACAUAAACAGUCCACACAUUGCACUAGUUAAUUAUUCAAUCGCAAUCUGUCACCACGGGGAUUGCAUCUGCCUGACGUAAUUGGUUUGUAAAUAAUUUUAAAACAGCUAUUUUUAAAUGUGUUAUAAUGUGUCCCUGUGGAGUCGCUAAAUGGUAUUAAAAACCGCAGGCAUGGGCUGCCUUUACAUUUCAUUCCAAGAGAUCGCCUGUAGGACAGUGCGGACAGGUCACUGGACAGAGAAAAUGCCUGCAUUGUUGGAUAGGUACUGUAGUGUGGAGAAAAUAUUGUACGUGUUCAUCGCCGUCAUUGGAGUUCCUGGUGAGUGAGCAGAGCAAUUCAUGUUUGGUAUUUCUGUGUGUUAACCAUGUGAAUCUGACAAGCUUCUAACUUGAUGAUCAUUGUAGAAAUAUCCGUUAGAGAUUUUGAUCCUGUCAGUUCAACACUCUGACUUUUCAUAUUUAAGGACAAGCGGAACUAAACUCCUGUCUCUCAUCAAACUCACGGGAUCGACUCGAACGUUGUUCUUACCUUCAAUGACACCUUGUCCGGAGUUGUCCCAGUGUGGGGUCAGGCAGCUCUCCCGCAAGCUGUGACUGGGAUGGGUUUACAUUGUAAAGUUCACUGUUUCUGAGUUAUUGAUCAGAGAGAACCCCUGGUCCUGUGUUUCAUAUCUCCCUGUGGAGUCUGUCACAGUCGGAUCCCACUGCCUGUCGGUCAAUAAUUGGGUCUGAUCAUCUGAACCAGUGCCAACGGAUCUGCUGACGAGAGUUAUCGAAUUGAACUGCGCUGUGGAAUUAAUCCAUUAACGGAGCCGCUCAGCCUCAGGUUGCUCAGUUGUUCCUGCUUUCCUUCUGAGACGCGUCGUAAAUUUUCACCAGGACACCUCUUCGUCCUGGAGAAAAGUCUCGGCCCAAUACCAAAGUUUGUUCAAUUCCAUGUACAGAAUGCUGCCUGACCUGCUGAGUCCCUCCAGUGUUUUGUGUGUGUUCCUCUCCUCUGCAUGCCUUAUCGGCCCCAUCAUUUACGAGUUUCCAGGGGCCAGGUCAGUCACGAUUAAAUCAGUGAUACCGGCCAGGUCAGGGACAGGAAUCGGGAUCAGCACCGACCUAUGUUGUUCAUGAAGAUCGCUUUUAUCGCCGACGAUUGUCCACACAUUGUCUCAUCUCCACACUGAAGAAGGCAGGUCAGAGACAGUGUGACCAGUGUCCCAGGUUAGGUUAGCAGCCGUGCACUGACUCCACAACGCCUGGUCUUCAGCUGAAACCCGAUCCCUUGAGGAAUGCGUUCAGUAAUGCCCUCUGUCUGUUAUCUCUCUCUCCCUCACUCUCUCUGCUCCCUCGCCCUCCCACCUCCCCUCUCCCUGUCUCCCUCCCCCUCACCCUCCUCUUCUCCCCCUUUCCCACACGCAGUGAAUUUAUUGGCGAUUGUGAUCCUGUCUCGGGGAAAGUGCGGCCUCUCUACCUGCACCACUCGCUACCUGGUGGCCAUGGCAGCGGCGGAUCUACUGACCAUUUUCACCGCGGUCAUUCUGGGGCGAAUCAAAUCCUAUUACUUCAGGUGGAGUUUUCUGAGCAUCACUCCUGUGUACAGUGUUAUCGAUGUACUGAGCUUCACAGCCACACACUGUUCUGUCUGGUUCACCGUCGCUUUCACCUUUGACCGGUUUGUCGCCAUUUGCUGUCAGAAGCUGAAAACAAAAUAUUGCACCGGGAAAACUGCGGCUGUGGUUCUAACAACAAUCGGCGCACUGUUCUAUCUGGAAAAUGUUCCCCGAUACUUCACACGGCAACCCGGGGUGUUCAUCGACAAUGUACCGUGGUUCUGUGAUCUCAGGGACAAUGUUUUCACUGACCCCGGGUGGAUAGGAUAUGACUGGGUCGAUACGAUUUUAGUUCCAUUCCUCCCUUUCGCUGGGAUCCUGCUGCUCAACGCUCUGACAGUCAGACACAUUUUAGUGGCCAGUCGGGUCCGUAAGGGGCUGAAGGGUCAGAGCAAGGGGGAGAACUGCAGUGACCCGGAGAUGGAGAACAGGAGGAGGUCUGUGAUUUUACUCUUCACCAUCUCCGGCAGCUUCAUCCUCCUGUGGAUGACAACUGUUGUAAAUUUCAUAUAUUAUCAGGUCUCAGGGGAAGGAUUCAGUUUCAAUGAUUCUGAAUGGAUCUUUAUCUACGUCGGGGUUUUGCUGAGUGAUUUCAGCUGCUGCACCAACACGUUUAUUUACGCGGUGACUCAGUCAAAAUUCAGGGAACAGAUAAUUAGGACGGUGAAAUAUUCUGUCCCCUCGGUGCUUCAUUUUAUUAAUAAAGCUGCGUCCUGAGCCCAAGCCGGACGCGACCACAAUUUCUCCA